AACCAAACCCAUAUGAUAUCUAACAUUCUAAAAAAAAAAACAAAGAAAGUAUAAAACGAAUUCAUUCUGGAAUUCGCAAUUCGCAAAUCCAAACAUAAGCCAUGGACUCAUCACAGCAUAACUCUGCUGCCGGUAGCAUCGGCGGCAACGGAAUAAUAAACCCUAAAUCCAACGACGCAUCACCGGUCGAUUUAGCGGCCAGCGCCGCUGCUUCCACCGCUGGUUCACCCGCCGAGGAGUCAAAGCAGAAUCUCAAUCAAGUCAUAAAUUCAAUCGACAAAACCCUAGGGAUUCUCCACCAGCUUUAUCUCACCGUCUCUUCUUACAACGUAUCCUCUCAACUUCCCCUUCUUCAACGCAUGAAUAAUCUUGUGCUUGAGCUUGAUAAUAUGGCGAAAUUGGGAGAGAAAUGCAAUAUUCAAGUGCCAAUGGAGGUUCUGAACUUGAUUGAUGAUGGGAAGAAUCCAGAUGAAUUUACAAGGGAUGUGUUGAAUAGUUGUAUUGCCAAGAACCAAAUCACUAAGGGGAAAACAGAUGCAUUCAAGGGUUUGCGAGGGCAUCUCCUGGAGGAGCUUGAACAGGCUUUCCCUGAGGAAGUGGAAGCUUAUAGGGAGAUUCGUGCAGCUUCUGCAGCUGAGGCAAAGCGUUUGGCUCAAGCGCAAAGUCUAUUACCAAAUGGAGAUGUAAAGGUGAAGCCUGAAAUUUAACUUCCACAGGUGGAAGUUGUAUUGAACUUCUCAGGUUAAUUUAACAUAUUUCCUUAUUAUUAAUGGGCUUUAAUGUCCUUACCUGUUAAAGAAGCCUUUAGAUUUUCAAGAAUGUAAAAUGUAUGUAUAAUAGAUUUAUGGAUCACAAAUUUAUUCAAGAUCUUGUUCAUUGUA